CAGGGGUCCUGAGGACCUAAGGCCCACGCCCACGCCCACGGACGCCAGACCCAGAGGAUCUUCCACACUGAGCCCUGAGUGGGGCCUGGGGGGACCUGGAGCAGCAGGCAGGGAGGCAGGUGCCGCUCCCCAGGCCUCCUCUGAACCUGAAGGCCGGAGGUGUCCGCAAGUGCAUUGAUUUGAAAACAUUAGUUAGGUUUUCUGAGGACAGCAAAUCCCCAAGGAUACAAAGACCACAAAACCAAAACAAUAACAAAAAUACCCCAGGCUCUUUGCCCAAGAAUUUACAAAUGGCUCAGCCAGUGGAGGGGUGGGCGGAGAGGAGCCCAGCAGGGGCCCUGUGGAGCCUCCACAGCCUGGGUGGGGGAGACAGGUGAGCUGCUGAAGGGUGGGGUCUGCCAGCAGGCAGCCCGGAGGGAGCGGACAGAGCCUGAGAAUCAGAGGCAGGACAGUGAAGGUGCCGGGGGUUCAAGUCCGGGCCUUUGGUGGGCAAGGCCUGUGCCCCCACGUGCUCAUCUAUGUCCCGGGCCCCACCCACUUGUCCGGCUGGCCCCCCUCCGGAAGGGCCCGAACUCUCCAGGGACCCCAGCUCAGAGCCUGGCGCCCUGCUGGGCACAGAGGGCGGGCAGCGGCGCACCCGGUCAAGCGCCCAGUGCUCUGCCCGACCACAGAGGCAAGCUCCCUGGGGGGUGAAGAAGGCGCUGCUGCAGAUGGAGGCCGAGAGGAGCAGCCUGGAGCAGAAGGCCAAGGAGUCCCUACAGAGGGCGCUGCAGGAGAGGCUGCAGCUACAGAGCACACAGCGCUCCCUGGCCCUGGCUGAGCAGAAGUGUGAGGAGUGGAAGUGCCAGUGCGAGGCCCUGAAGGAAGACUGCAGCAGCCUGGGGGCGCGGUGCCAGGAGCUGGAGAGCCGGCUGCACAUGCUGCAGUCCAAGCUGCAGCCUGCGGCAGGGAGCAGCUCCAGACGUCUGCGCGCUGAGGGCCGCUGGCUGGGCACCUGGCCGUCCCCUCACACCAUUUCCCUCCCUUUCAGAGCAGCUGAAGGGGGCGGAGGAGGAACGGGCGGCAGCACCUGCAGAGUCUGCCUCGGAUGCCGUCCUUCCGGCCGCUGGAGCAGAACAGACGGCUGGCGGAGAAAGGUAGCCCACUUACCCCCGAGCCCGUCCUGCCCGUCGGGGCGAGAGGGCUGGGCCCGAGAGCACCUCACUAGGCAGCCUCCCACAUGGGGCAAAGAAACCGGAGGACCCCCACGCCCUCUGCAAGCGGUCCGUGUGGAAAGCUUCAAUAAACGGACUGAACUCGUCUCCACGUCCAUGCGCACACAACGUCCAUGCGCACACACCCGUCUUCUGGGCCCCCGACCCCAGUGGACCCGAGGCCGGGCUGCUGCCAAGGCUGCCUAAGACUUGCCCUCGCCCGUGUGCCAGGCUCCUCUGGUCACCAUCGCGGGCACACGAGGCAGCCCGCGAGAAAGGAAGGUGCCGGGUGGCGGUCAGGGACGCGGCUGAGGCAGGUCGGACCUCUGGCUCCUGCCCCGGGUCUUGGCCCGGAGUGGCCUGCAGGAGGCCAACGCCGCUUCAGCCGGAGCCCCGGCUCAUCUGGAGUCUGCCAUCCGAGACUCCGGGCGACGGCCAGGAAGGGAAGAGGCUGCUCUCGGGGCCAAGCGCCGCUGCGGCCGGGCCCAUCUGGGUCCCCACGGGGCUCCCUGGACACCAGAGCUCCACCCAGGCGGUCGUGGGGGGACGGGUCCGUCCCCUCCGCCCCAGCAGUCCUCCCGGAAACACCAGGCUCCCAGCUGCCUCGGCGCGCUGGGC